GUGGGGCCACCCCCGCCCCACCAGGAGCCAAUCCCGCUCUUCCAGGCAGCGCGCGUGGAGCGCUCGCGAGGCGGGGCGCGGCGUGGGCCCCGGCGCGCUGGGACCUCCUUCCAGUUUCUUAGCGGGGCAGGGACUGACCGUUGUUGAGGCCAAUCAACCCCAGAAACUUUUCCUGUGGACUUGUCCGGUUGGAACAUAAGAGGGCGAUUUAAUCCUUAGUAUUUGAAAAGGGGCUCUCGGCCGAGGCGGGGCUUGAAAGGGUUCAAGUGAUUGAUAACCCGGUCAGCCAAUAAGGAUUGCUUCAGCGCCGGUUCCCGCUGGGUACACCCAUAUCAACGUAAUGACUAUUUAGGAACUGACAGUGCCCAAAGCUUGCACUGGGACCUCAGAGUCUCACGAUGGGCAGCUGUCAGCCGAAUACGCAACGACGGUCUCCUUCUGCUUGUCCAGGGGGCGUUGCCCCAGCAAACGAAGCCGCUAGCCAAGUCAUCUGGUCCCGAUGAUCGACGUCCGCUCUGUCCAAUGGUUCUCCUUAUUGGGGGCGGGUCUCACGUAACGGGCCUAUGGGGAGCCAGCUCCGGCUCAGCCAAUAAGCGUGCAGACGGUGGGCGUGGCGGGAGGUUUGAAACUCAGUUUGGGGAGUUGAGCUGCAGUGCGCCCAGAGGUGGACUGGGGAGGCUGGGCAUUCCGUCCUCGCGUCGGGCCGGGCCCUGCCCAUCCUGGUCCUCCCGGUGGAGAUGGGCUCCGCCAAGAGCGUGCCGGUCACCCCCGCGCGGCCUCCGCCGCACCACAAGCAGCUGGCCCGGGUGGCCGACCCUCGGUCCCCGAGUGCCGGCAUCCUGCGCACUCCCAUCCAGGUGGAGAGCUCUCCCCAGCCCAGCCUCCCAGUGGGGGAGCUGCUGGAAGGUUCUGCCGAGGAGCUGGAGUUUGACCCCCGCUCUCCCACCCUUGGCAUCGCCCGGACACCUAGGAAGAGCAGCAGCGACCCCACGAGCCCACUGGUGACACAGCUGAUUGAAGCCCUUGGGAUCGAAGACCCCAGACCGAAUCUGCCCCCCGAACCUGCCCUGCCCUCGGAGACGCCAUCAUCUUCUGAAUUGGACUGGUCUGUGGGCACCCAGUUUGCCCUGGAGGAUCCGAUGCCACCCGGAAGCCAGCCCGAGCUACCCUGCAAACUGCUGCCUUCUAAGGAAGACACGGAGCCCCUCCCAAAUACCCCUGUGGCCAGCCAGGGCUCAGACAAGCCCUUGAAAGACCCUGAGACGCCCAGAUCUUCAGGUUCUAAGCGAAAUAGGAGGAAGCCCAAAGGAAAGGUGCUGGGGAGAUCGCCCCUCGCCGUCCUGUCCGAUGACAACUCCCCCGGCACGCUGGCGUCACGGCAGGGCAAGCGGCUUUCUCCCCUGAGCGAAAACGUUCGGGCCCUAAAGGAAGGGGCUCUCCUGGGGACCGGCGGACUCGUGAAAGCCGGAGGAGGAGGAGCAUGGGAGCCGGGCCAGGACCAUGACAAGGAGAACCAGCACUUCCCCUUGGUGGAGAGCUAGCCCGGCGCGCAGCACUCAGCACCCAGCACCCAGCAUCCCGCUGCACCGGGCACCUCCGCCCUGGCCCGGAGAGAGACUGGAGAGGCUGAUUUUCUUUGACUGUCCCUGAACGUCACGACUUUCCCGCUGCCCGUGAGAGUUUUGGAUUGCGCUUUCUCUGUGUUUUAUUAUGUGUCUUGGUUUAUUAAAGGAGGUGAUUUUAAAAUGAUGUCACGAUGGGGAAUUUUUCAUUGUGUAUUGUGGGGGGCACCAUCAGGAU